GAAGCCGCAGUGCUGCACCCGAACAUGGCGCUCCUGCCCGCCCGUGUGCUGGAGGCCGCCCUUACCCGGUGUCGAUCGGCGCCGCACCUUCUGCUGUUUUGCAUCGUUUUUGCCGUUUUGCUUAAGUCGCGUCCCGUGCUAGGCAAAAAGAGUCAGCCUAAAGAGAUCACUGACAGUAACUGGGAGGAAAUUCUGCAAGGAGAAUGGAUGAUAGAAUUCUUUGCUCCUUGGUGUCCAGCCUGCAAACAACUGCAGCCAGUCUGGGAUGAGUUUGCAGAGUGGGGAGAUGACCUGGGCAUUAACAUCGCCAAAGUGGACAUCACUGAACAGCCCGGCCUGAGUGGGCGAUUUGCUGUCACAUCCCUUCCUACAAUCUACCACUGUAAGGACGGCGAGUUCCGGGUCUACGAUGGAGCCAGGACCAAGGAUGACUUCUUGGGCUUCAUCGAUGAGAAGAAGUGGCAGAACAUCAAGCCCAUGUCCUCCUGGCUGGGACCCUCCUCCUUCCUGAUGAAUGGCAUUUCUGCAGUCUUCAGGCUCUCGGUGUCCAUUCGGCAGUGGCACAGCUACCUGACGGAGCAGCUUGGCCUCCCCGCCUGGGGCUCCUACGUCCUCUUCACCUUGGCCGUGCUCUUCACUGGCCUGGCCCUCGGUCUGAUCCUGGUGAUCAUCACGGAUUUUGCCUUCUCCUCCCGCCGCCCCGAUCCUCCCCCUGGAUACUACCAGCGGAGACGGCUCUUGGAACGGGCUCACUUGACAAAACUGGAGGAGGAUGAACUGGAGGAGAAUGAGGAAGAGGACGAGACUGAGGAAGAGGAGGCUGGCGGCAAGCCAGAACUCAGGGACGAGGACUUCCAGGAGGAAUCUCUGCGGAGGAGGUUCCAGGGUCCUGGCAGGGAGGAGGAGGACACCUAGAGGCCAGGAUGGGUACUGCAGAUGUACCUAGAAUGGCCCACCGGGGGAUGGGGCACGAGCACAGGCGGCAGAGUUGUAUCUUUGUGGGGCUGCCCUGUGAGUUUGGUGUGGUGUGUCCUCCCGGAGCAGCUCACCUGCCCUCCAUCGCUCCCUCCCUUCCACUCCCUCCCUUCCACUCCCUCCACGCAUGUUCCCCUGGAGACUGUUAACUGUUACUCUUCGGAAGCAAUACUGCAGUUUCCUUUAAUAGGGACAUAUCGUGCAGUAUUCUUUUUUAUUAUUGGGUUUUUGAAUUUGCCUUUCUUCGCUAAUGUUUCUAAUUUUAAUCUCUGCUAGCUGAGUUGUGCCUGGAGCGCUCUCCCCAUGUGCCGGGCCUCCCCCGCCACGCCCUGGACUUCCCGCUGCCCUCGCUGUGGUCUGUUUUUCCACUUAUCAGCCAGUUAAAUGGCCGCCUCAGAUCCCCAGCAGCGUUCCGUCUGGGUCUGUGGGAGGUGGAAGCGUUUAACAUCCGCGCUAAGCGAUCCGCCGUGCUGGAGUGCCAGAGCGAUGCACGCAGCACCAUAGCCCACUUCCUGCAGCAGAAAUGCAGUAAAUGUUAAAGCCUACACCAGCCUCUCAUUACUUAGCUCAUGUGCCCAUUUCAUGUCAGUUUGUUGAAAUGCAUUAAAAGAAGUCCCCCCUCCCCCCCCAGUUUGGAACAGCGCCCUCUACUUUCUGUCUUGGUCGUGAAUUUUAUAAUGGAGUGAUCAGCUUUAUGUAAAUUGGAAUAGUUACUUGGCUCCCACAGUGCUGCAGAUCCCAUGUGCUGUGAGAAUAUUCUGUAACUUCCAUGCUAAACACUAGAGGGAGUUAUUCCUUUUAGGAUGGUGAAAUAAAAGCAGGCAGUUGUUAAACCUAAGACUGACAAUUUACAUGAAUGCACCAAGCAACCAAGUGCAGAAUUGAGGAAAUCAUUCUAAAAUUAAUAUUCAACAAAUGGCAAUUUUAAUGUGAGGUUUUAGUCAUUCCUAUCCAUGCCCUGCACUGUAUCCCUAAUCAUGCCCUGCACUGUAUGCAUAAUCCCCUCUUUAGAGAUUUCAUUCUUCACUGUCUUGGAGACCAAAUUAAACCCCGUUUUGUUUAAACUUAGCUCUUUUUUUAAUUCCCCAAAAAAAUGUUUUCAUUCAAGUUUACUCAAGUUUCUUAAAAUAAAAACUUUGAUGUUUUGCUGUACCACAAA